AGUUCUACUAUGCAGACGUUAGAUUGUGUUAAAAAACAAGGGACUUUUUUCUUACAUUGGUGCCUAUGUCAGCUUCUACUCGUAUAUCCUUCGGUCGUGAUUGUUCGAUGAGUAUAGUUUAUGCGAGGUACUUACAAAUAAUCGGUGUGUCUAGCGAUUAUCGGAAAAGAAAUAUCGGUGUCUUGUUUAUCGUGAAAUAUUAUUGAUACAAAUAUUUUUUAUUAAAGUGAUUUCAUCUUAAUAAAAUUCAUUGUAAUUUCUCGUGUGUGCCGUAAUCAUGAAUAAGAGGAUCAGCGCGAUUCCAUUAUUGGAAUAUCAUGAACAUAGUAACAGUGUAAUUUAGAAAUGGAAAAUUAAAUUAAGGCAUACUUAAGAGUGGACAAAUGAUUUUUAUACUUCGUUAGUUUUUGUGCAUAUGAUCAAUUGACUGUUGUUGCGUGUCUCGAACGUGCAGCGAUACCGUUUUUGAACGCAGAGCUCAGCAUGGUGAUACGAUCUGACGGUGGUAGCAGUGAAAGUCCAUUACUUGUGGAAGAAGGAGAAACAGUUGGUGCACCUCACAGUCCUCGCAGCAAACAUAAUCACAAUCAUUCACAUGCUAAUCCUCAUAGGUCCCACAGUUAUCGUCAUGAAAAACCAAAACAAUUAGUAAAAUAUGGAGAAUUAGUUAUUUUGGGUUACAAUGGAUUCCUGCCACCAGGAGAUAGAGGAAGAAGGAGAAGUAAAUUCGUUCUAUUUAAAAGACCUGUUCCAAAUGGUGUAAAGCGCAGUAAACAUUACAUCGUUAAGACACCUCAUAGUUCUCAAGCUAUUCUUAAUACAAAACAACACUCAAUUUCAUAUACUCUUUCGCGGACACAGGCCGUUAUCGUCGAAUAUACCGAAGAUGAAGGAACAGAUAUGUUUCAGGUUGGACGUUCUUCCGAAUCUCCUAUUGAUUUUGUCGUUAUGGAUACGUGUGCAGGCGGAAGCGAUGGUUCUAAUGAGGGACGCGUCGCUCAAAGUACAAUUAGUAGGUUUGCUUGUCGGAUCUUAGCUGAUCGAUCAGAUCCUAGAAUUGCUAGAAUAUAUGCUGCAGGUUUUGAUAGUUCAAGAAAUAUCUUCUUAGGGGAAAAAGCAACAAAAUGGCAAGAAAAUCGCGAAAUUGAUGGGCUCACAACAAAUGGCGUUUUAAUAAUGCAUCCGCGAGGUCAAUUUUGUGGCGGUGAAGCGCAAUGUGGUUUCUGGAGAGAAGUUAGUGUAGGUGGUGGAGUUUUUUCGCUAAGGGAAAGUCGAAGUGCCCAACAAAAAGGAAACGUCGUAGAAGAUGAGAAUAAUAUUUUGCAAGAUGGAACUUUGAUCGAUCUCUGUGGUGCCACGUUACUUUGGAGAUCGGCCGAAGGUCUAGCAAAAUCACCAACAAAACAUGAUUUGGAAGAAUUGGUUGAUGCUAUAAAUGCUGGAAGACCACAAUGUCCUGUUGGUUUAAAUACAUUAGUUAUUCCACGUAAAGCAGCUGCAGAUUCAACACAACAACAACCAUAUGUUUAUUUAAAAUGUGGACAUGUACAAGGCCUCCAUGAUUGGGGUCAAGAAAAGGAUAAAGCUACAAGAAGAUGUCCAAUGUGUCUGGUAGCUGGUUCAGUAGUUAAACUUUCUAUGGGAAUAGAACCUGCAUUUUAUGUUGAUUGUGGCCCUCCUACUUAUGCAUUUAGACCUUGUGGACAUAUGGCUACAGAAAAAACUGUUAAAUAUUGGGAAAAAGUUGCAAUUCCACAUGGUACAAAUGGUUACAUUGCAAUUUGUCCAUUUUGCGCAGUCCCCCUUGAAGGAACACCAGGAUAUGUAAAACUGAUUUUCCAAGAUAAUGUAGAUUGAACUUCGUUUAUUAUAAGGUCGUGAGUAUGUGUAGAAACCAUUAACUUCUUAUAAAAUGCAAGGACUAUUGAAAUUAAUAAAAUGUAAAUAAUCUUAAUACGAAUAUAUAACAAAGUUCUGUCUUCUUCCCUCAAACGUAAAUUUAAGCAAAACUUUUGUAUGUACAAAUAGCUCUGCAAUAAUUAUUAUGUACAUGACUCUUAAAAUAAAUAUCCCUUCUUAAACAGUA